AUGCGUUCCCUCCUCCUCUGUCUCCUCUCCGUGACCCUCCACAGGAAUUUCGCGUUCGUCCUAGACAAACAGAACUCUUACUCGCAGUUCCGCAAGUGGAACGUCGCGCUCAAUGGUACACUCGAACUCGAGUUCAAAACGGACCAGCCUAAUGGGCUACUAUUGUACACGGACGAUGGUGGCACUUAUGACUUUUUCGAGUUGAAGCUAGUGAAUGGUGCGUUACGGUUGCGGUACAAUCUGGGUGGGGGAGCGCAGAUCAUCACUGUGGGAAGCAACCUCAACGACGGCCACUGGCACAAAGUUCAAGUCGCCCGUCGCGACGAGCACACUUCCCUCGCAGUGGAUGGAACAACGCAGAGUAAGACAUCCAGAGGAAAAGAGUUCCUAUUUGGAAAGUUCACCACCAACUCCGAUGUAUUUGUCGGAGGGAUACCAUCCUCGUAA